AGAGGCUGUGAGGUGUGUUUGGUGUUAAAUAUGGAGAACACGUCUGCCGAUGCGCCAGGCAGCGUUCUGCUGGACCAAAACAACUUCAACACGCAAGAAGUGACGGUAGAAGUUCAAAACCAACAGGAAAACUUAAAUCUUAAUGAAGAUUCUUCUGCAUUUAGCCCAGUGAACCCAGAAGCAGUAUCAUUUGAUAACCAGACAAUGGACGAUAUGUCACAAAAUCAGAUGCAACAGAAUCAAUCUGCUGAAAAAAUUGACAUUGAAGUCCAGGAGGUUUUGUCACCUCAGCAAGAGCCACAAUCAGAACUUAUAGAGGAAGCUUUGGCUUGUCCAGAAAAUCAUAUGCAAAACCUCAGUGAACCUAUGGAGCAAGUAAAAGCUGUUAUUAGUGAAUGUAAAGUGACUGCUGUAUCAGAGGAACAUUUGGAAGAAAGUGUCCAAGAUUCUACAGGGUCAUGCUCUGUAGAACCAUUAAUAGAGUGCUUGUCCUCAUACUUGCCCAAAGCACACAAAGGAAAAAUAGAAAUUGCUGACGGUGAGCCACAGAUGUCAUCAACAAAUCAAGCUUCACAGCUGAAAUUGCUGCCUCCACAAGCUUCUCAAGCCAAAGAGGCUGCAGACAAUAUUGCAACAUCAGAUGAUAGUGCUGGUGCAGAUGAUAGUGCAUCAGCAGCAGCUGCUGAAGCAUCAGUUUGCCAGAUCACUGAGGAGAUGGGAACCAGUAAGAGAGGAGGCACAGCAUCAUCUAGUCAAGGAGACAGUGUGUACUAUAUUAAAUGGAUCACAUUUGACAAUGCCAAAGUGCCAAUCAUCACACAAAAUGAGAAUGGCCCUUGUCCACUGUUAGCCAUUAUGAAUGUGCUGCUGUUGAAGGGAAAAGUGAAGCUGGCACCCAUGCUAGAAAUGGUGACAUCUGAGCAGCUUAUGGCAUAUCUUGGGGAAUGUGUCAUUGAAAACAUGCCUCAGAAUCUGCCAGAAACAGAGCGCGCCAACUAUGAACAAAAUAUGCAGGAUGCUAUGGCUGUAAUGCAUAAGCUUCAGACUGGACUUGAUGUCAACGUCAAGUUUACAGGGGUUUCAGACUUUGAGUACACUCCUGAGUGCAUUAUCUUUGACCUGCUGGAGAUAGGGUUGUACCAUGGAUGGCUUGUUGACCCACAGGAUCAGCAAACGGUCAGAGCUGUUGGCAAAUGCAGCUACAACCAGCUUGUGGAAAAAAUAAUUCAGCAAAAAUCUUCAGAAGACGAAGAUGAUGUCCGUGAAGCACUUCUUGCAGAGCAGUUUCUGGAAAGAACUGCCUCACAGCUAACAUAUCAUGGACUGUGUGAACUGUCGUCCACUGUCAAAGAGAGUGAGCUGUGCAUCUUCUUCCGCAACAACCACUUCAGCACACUUUUUUGUCACAAUGUUGUGGUCAAAGUAGCACUUAUUGCCUUUUCACAGAAGGAGCUUUUCCUGCUGGUGACAGACCAAGGAUUUCUGACAGAGAGCAAUGUGGUGUGGGAGACGUUGUCCACAGUAGAUGGUGACUGCCAUUUUGUCGAUGCCUUCUUCCGCACUUUCACCAAGGCUGACCUAGCUGUUGAAGCCAACCCUGAAGUGAAUCCAUACACAUCUGGGGACAGACAGAUUGACUCAGACUACCAGGUGGCGCUUUCACUUCAGCAAGACCAGCAGUUAGAAGAGCAAGAUGCCGCCUGGAGUCCUUUCCUACCAGACAUGCAAAAUGCAGACCAUGAGUUGGCAAUGCGUCUGCAGGAAGAGGAAGACCGCAGGGCUGCUGCUGCUGCUUCACAGGAACAGUACAACACCGGUCAGCAGCCUGUCAGACCAGAUCGAAGGGUCAGAGAGAGAGAAGACACUAGAGACAGGAGAGACGGCAAAAAUUGUGUCCUGUUGUGAUGUAAAAGAUGGUGAAAUGUGGAGGCUAACUUCUAUCUUGACAACAGCAUCAGCACAAACAUAGACCAAGGAGCAUUACAAUGUUUGAAAACUGGCCUGCCUCACUGUGAUUGGUCAGUUAAAUUACAGUCCAACAUCAAGAGACAUCCUUUUGCUGCUGAGAGGCUGUUGUAGGUUGCGGAUUAACAGAGCUCAUCUGUUUAUGGUUUAACUUAAACCGCAUUCAACGUUUACAGUUUCCUUGCUUCUUGCACAACUUGCUUAGGUCGCUGCGAUGUUAUUCAUUCCGAAGACGUGUAGAUGGCAGGGAAGGUCUACUCUAUUAAAUUUUUUAAAAUUUGUCAUUACUGGAAGAAAAAUUCUUCCAAAAAAAAAGAGGAUCUAAAAGUAUUUCCAUACUUGAUGAAAAAAAAAUUUUUUAGUGACAUUGGUAUAUCUUGAUUGUUUCUUAAAUGUUGUCCACUUGGUCAAGCCUGGGAACUUUAUGAAAGGAGGAUGGAGAUCUUAUCAACUGCCAUGUAGUGGACCAGACAUUCAUAUUAACUGAUAACAAAAAUAUAUACUUCUACAAAGACAGCUUCACGAUAGAAACUACGCUGCUCGACCUUUUUAUUUAUUAAAUAUUUGUUGAUAAUGUUUUAUAGUAUUGCCCAGUAUCAUGUUACUUCGACUGUAGGCUGUUUUUAUUGUAUCACUUGCCUUUGCAUGGGAACUGAGGUAGUGUAUCUUUUCAUUUUUUACAUUGAUAAUAAAGACGUAACUAUUAAUGCAGAUUUUAACCCUUCUCUAAGGGAGAAAUAAAUCUGUUUCCCUAUUAUUGAGGUUUAGAUAACCUAGGAAAUGUUAAACUUUAUAAAGGAACUGAUCUGCCAGAGUUUUUUGUAAAAGCACUGUUAAGGAAAAUACAAAAAUAUUUUAUUCUAGUAGGAAAGCCACCAGCUUUGUCUUGAUUUGUGCCAUUAAGGGGAUACAGUGACUUGGAGUCUGUAGUGGCAUGCCUAUUGGUAUGAUCGCGAGUUUAGACAAAUAAAGAAUGUUUUUGUCAUUAGUGGAAUGCCUAGUAGCUUUGAAUUAAUAUACUAAGAAUCUGGAAAUUGCUGCUGGCAGAACUAAGCUAUUAGAUCAUCGAUCAAAAGUUUGUUCAAACAACUUUACAUGGUAUUCUGCUUGACUAUGCUUAAUUUUCAAAUGCUGCAUACCUGACUGCUUUUUUGUUAUGAGCCUCUCCUUUUGCAGCUUCUUAUUAUUUGAAGAUGUUUAUCCUCUAAAUAGACGUGUAUGUGAGUGCACAAACAUGCACAUGCAUGUUUGUUUUAAUGUAUGUGGGUGUACCUGUGUGUUGUGUCGGCACAGCUUGUGUUUUCUGGGCUUGUGCUUACAAAAGGCAAGUCGGGGGUGGGGAACUACAAUGGGCAAGUAAAGGGAGCUAAUGCCAGUGAAUUGUUUUCUGCACCUUGCUCUUGUAAAGGUCUGGUUAAUAAUACCUUAUUUUUCUCCCUUAAACCUAAUCUUGUAGAAUUCUAUUUUACUUCAAGUGGGUGAUUUUUCUACAUAGAGAAUUGCACCUGAUUUGCUGGUGCUAAGAAGUUAUCACCACCAUCAACAUAUUCACAUCAUCAUCAUUGUCACCAUCCUAGUCAUUGUUAUUACCAUUAUUCACUUUAAAGACUUUGGUUCUGCGUUGUGUGCUAGCGUGAGUACCAUCUUAUUUUCAUUGCUGUGCUGUUAAUAAAUAAUGAUGGUGUAAUUUAAAGUGAAAGCCAUGUCUAGUGACAUGAAAAGGAAAUCUUUUUAAAAAAGAAGAGUUCAUUAUCUAUCACACCUUUGAUGCGAGUUUAUCAGGGUCAGAAAUACAUUAUUUGAUUGGAGACUCCCAUAAAAUCCUGGAGAUAAUGAGUAGCAAUUAGUAACCACACAACUUCAGCAGAUUAGCAUUUAUUUUCCCCUCAUGAAAAUUCCCUUGCUGUUACCAGUGUUUAAGGUCUAAUAUUCUUUCUGGAGACCAGUAAAUUAAUUUUUGUUAAAAUAUCUAAUUUAAAUAGUUCAUAUGUAGCAUUACCAACACAGGGACAUCAUUCUCUGUGGCUGAUGUAAUAACUAAUACAAUAAACUAAUAGAAUAUACUAGUAUAACAUUCUACAUCUGAUGAUACCUUGAUCAGUGCUCGUUAUGUGUCUAAUUUCACACUUGAUUUCAACACAGUUUUCGAACUGAAAGUCACCAGUUGGUAUCAAAUUAUAGUUUAUUCUCUCUCCUGAAUUACAAAAUUGCUUAUUUAAAUUCUGUGUGAAUUAAACACAAAAGUGGAAUAGUGUCUAGGCCGAAAUGGGCUUGGUAACAUAGUUCCAUGACGUAUUACAUAUUUUGCAUCCAGUCUUAAAACAAGCUACCCAAUUUGAGAAACGAGAACAAAUUAUUUUUUGUUCCUGUAUUGAUGUCUAAAAUGCAACAACAGAAUUGUGUAGGAUGUUGGGAAGUAAAGGAAUUUUCAUAUUCACAGCAACUUGGUCAAAUUUACGUACCUAAAACUAAGCUUGUGAGUAAUAAGAUAUUAAGAACAGAGUGUACAAAGUUUAGCUGACCGAUCAGUGACCAUUGUUCAAAAACUUUACUGAAAGCUUUGUAACUGACAUGAGACUAUUCGUCAUGGGACUGUCCUACUUCUGAUACGCUAUUUGUAUGCUGUUUGUUUCAUUAGUUGGGAGGUUAAUUUGCCUUUCUCUCUCUCUCUCUGUAGCAGCAGUUACAUGCCCUGGGUAAACACCACCAAGAUGUGGAUUUUGUGAAGACUUUCAGUUUCUAUAUAAACUUGUCUGCCUCACAGCAGUUCUGUAAAACCAAAGUAACUUUUAAAAGUAAAAAAUUGUGAAAGGGAAAUGAAAAUGUGGCAGUGGAAAGGACAAGCAUGAAAGCUACUGUUUUGAUUGUCUGGACUCAAAAAAAGAAGACUUUGCUGUUUAACUUGCUGUGAUGCCCAGAGAAUAUGUUCCUCCGUUAAGUUUCCCAACUUUUUUUUAUUCCUUUAGUGGACAGCUGUUGUGCUUGUGGUGUUUAUCAUGGAUCUGAGGAAGGCCGCUGUGGCUUUGCACCUUUUGUCAUCGUUGUUUGCCAUAUUUAAUCUUAUGCAAUCAGCAUAACAGCAGUUGGUUAGCCUUAACUCCUUGGGCUUCCAUACAUGAAAGGGAUGACAUAUUUGAGAAACAGAUUUUUUCUGAAAUAAUUGGUGUUCCAAAAUAUAGCAUGUACAAUUUUCUGUGAAAAAUGCUUUGGAAUCCAUGGUGUAGGAAGGAAAGUAACACAGGCUGAAUUGAAGACCUAUUGUGUCCCACAAGAACUAUUGUGUGGGAAAAAUACUAAUGCAUCGCACAAGUUUUCCCCAAACAGAGCUAAAGUUAGAGGUCAGUUUAAAGACAAGAGGAAUGAGCAGAUGUCAGAAAAUGGCUUCAGGUAUGAACAAUCAGUAUUUUGUGAAUGCAGCAGACAUGGUUCAGUUCACUAACCUGUGCUGUCCCCCAUCCAAGGGUCAUCAUUGCUGCAGUUUUUCUCAAGAUGUUUGCUAAAGCCAUUCCCAGUUGUCCGCUCAGUCUCUGAUGGCUGCACUCAUAAAAUGUAAACAAGCAUUUUGCUGGAGCUUUGUUCUUGUACCUUUAAACAUUCAUCCACAUGAACUCUACUUUAGAAUUUGUGAUCUUUGCUUGGGAUUAGUGUUUAAAUUGCAGGGGAAGAAGUGACAGUGUGUGUGUGUGGUGUGUUUUGAUGGAAAAGAACACCUGAAAUAAUACCCUUUUGUUUUGCCACAAUGAAGACCUGUUUUCUAGGAUAGACAUGUGUUGUAUAAAGACAUGGCAAAAUUUCUUACUAUUAUUUAAAUUUUAUUUUGGAAGUUUUCUUCUCUAUUGUGAUGUCCCUUUGGGGCCAGUAGAAAGUAUUUCUACAGUAGGAGAGAUGUAAAAUGGGGGCUGCAUGUACAGAUGUUACUUCUUUGCCCUUAUUUUUCUCUCUCUCUACCUCUUGUCCUCUACAUUCCUCAAACCCACAUCUACAUCUACACAUAAGCUCAAACAUCUACAGAUCUACAUCCACACCAGCUGCACUCACAAGUUUGCGCUGCUCUGCUAUGCAACUGAUGUGGGGUACAGUGCACCAGGCCUUCACUCUCUUCUCUUUGACUGUUACGUGUCCAUAUAUGAAGCAGUUAAUGUCAGCAUUAAAGUAAAUGCCAUCUUUAUUAAGCUGUGUUAAUAUGGUAGUUAUUACUGAUACUGUUGAAGGGGCUCUAUAAUUUUAGCACUAUAAGCUUUUGAAGCUGUGCUGUCAUUCUAGAAUUUUCUCCAGCUGACUUAUGAAUGACUUCUGGUAUCUUUGGGUGGAAGGGGGGAGUGCUUUUCCUAUCAAUGAUUUUUGCACAGCUAGGAAAUGGGAUGGUGUGGGCUUCAUUUCUGUGAUGCUUCCAGAAUUCUUAUCUGUAUAUAGCGCACAUGGUAUGUAUGACUAUGCCUAUUAUCUUUAUCGUGCACUUCCGGCUCAACUGUCACACUAAGUAACUCUUAUUGUGUGUGUUUGUGAGAGAGUUUGUGCACACAUGUUGAGUACAUGCAUGUACAAGUUUAAUAUAUAAUGUGUUAUAUCUCAGUGUUACAUAGCUGUGGCUGGCCCACAACCUUCUGAAGGUUGUAAAUUUUGAUUGCACUCUGAUGCCUGUUUGUGGUGGCUUUUAGACAUCUGUGCCAAAUGGUGAGAAGAAUGUGAUAUCAACAUGAACAGCAGAUUUCAAGCGAAGGUUGAAGAGUGUGAUCCCAGUAUCAUGUGCACAGUUUCAGGUUGAAACAGUUGUGACCAUAGUUGCCUGUAGAUUGGAUAGCAGGAAGUAGGUUAGGAUUUUAUCACCUAAUCCAGGAGUUGUCUGUAGUCUAAUCAAACCUAAUACAUAUCUGCCUUUGAGGAAAAUUAGGCAUGCAUGUGACCUCCACCCCAUGUGUUGGUUUGACCUCUUCCACUUUUGAUGUCAGCUCAUUGCUGUCUGCAGUAUCUGAACCACAUCUGUUUUGAUAUCAGCUCAUUGGUGCAUGCAUUGUCUGAACCACAUCUGUUUUGAUCAGAAUUUCAUUGAAACACUGGAAGCAAACCACCUCCACCCUCAUUUAGUUUUGAUUGGCCAAACUUGUUUCUUGUGAACUUUCUAAGUAGUGCAUAUGAAAAUCAUGUGACUUGUGAAAAAUUGCUGCAGACAAUGGGCACCUUUAGUUUCAGCUGAGUAUCCUGAUUUGUUGGCAUUAAAAUUGCCUAUCACUUUCAGAGAUCUUUAUUCUGCAAUUUGUCAUUGUGCUGAUUAUUGAAUUUUUGUUAUUGAAUAGUAAAUUGAGUAAAGUUGGUUUAAUUUCCAUUCUUGAAGUUCAGCAUUAGAGACCUUCCAUAGCUUUGAUGAAAACAAGUACAAUGGUGUUGAGUGAAUUGCUGAAAAGUACUAUCUUACAGAAAAAUUGUUAUCUUUUGCUGUUAUCAAUCAGGGCAGCAUUUUAAUUGUGUUUUCAACAGUGCACAUUGUUCCUGUCUUUAUAGCAGUUUGUUUUGCGGUUCUCCCUAAAGUUUAGAAAAUUCACUUCUUUCUGGUCCAAAGCUGCCACAAAUUAGGGCACAUCUUGAUACUAAGUGGCUUCUCUCUACAAGAAAUAUUUAGGACAGACUUCAUCAGUCAACAUGGGAGGUGUGUACUGCUUGUGCUUUUAGCUGUUCUGAGAAACCAUACAGAAACUGGAACACAUAUUCUUUGCUCACUUAAUUAUAAACAAGGCAGAUAGCAAGUAGAUAGAGUUGAAUGUUAAAAACUACAUUCUAGUCAAGUGCAAGAUGUCUUUACAGUGCACUUCACACUCACCAAAUCACAGUGUAGCUUGCACGUAGUAGAAGACCUUAGAGAUCAAACCUUGCGUAUCACUUGUAAUCUAGACAUGACCAGAUGUGUAGCAGCCUUGAAACCAAAGUGCUUAAAAGUAACAAAGCUUAAAUUUUAAAUGUCCAGAAGAGGGGGAUGUUGCUAGUACUCUGAGCUUUGGAGUCAACGUUGAAAUAGCUUGUCCACAAAGUCUUGAGGAAAACAGGCCGAGGUUAUAAGUGCCUUUAGGAAAUGGAUGUGUAUAAUGCCUAAGGUAUUCAUGCUUCAGCUUUUGCAAACUGGGAGCUAGUGUUUCCGUUAAGUUGCCAGAUGAUAUGGUGUCAGUAGGAAGCAGAUGGUGCACUGUAAGUGUCCUUAGGUAAUUGGUCAGGUGUACAGUAGGUAACGAACAGAAGAUUUAUGUGUUGUGUUCAGUGAGGCAGGCAUUACUGGCUUGAUGGUGAGGCUUCAGGAACUCAACUGUCCUGUAUUGUCAUAGAAAACAUCCGCAGUAUCUUUUGAAUGUUGUCAUUUGGAAAUGGCUAUCUGAAAGAAAAGGGAGAAAGAUGGAAGGGGGUAGAUAAUUUAAAAUUUUAAAAAUUUUUUAUCUAACCUUAGAUCAUGCUUUUUUCUGCUGUUGAUAAUCAUUUAAUGGGAUUCCGUGUAGCUUUGCCUGGGAAAUCUUCAUGUUUUGGCAAUGUGUGCCCUGAUGUUCUGCAUGUAAAGAAAGUCAUUUAAAAAUAUGAUGCUUAUUCCCAUUUGAUAAGACAAUAUUUAUUUUUGUGUGUUGUUCUCUGUGAGGUUGUUUAUGGGGAAGUGAGGAAUGGACCAUGUUAUGUGCAUGUUCUGCUGGCCGGCAGUCAGCAGUUUAGGAUGAGACAGAACACACACCACUCAAGAAGUCCAACUGUGAUGGUCCUACAAUGUAAAUCGUUCAGCAGAUUGCAAAACACAUACCACUUAGCAAUGUUUUGCAUGCAUUGCCCUGGUAUUUCUUGAGUAGGUUGGCACAAACUCCUAUAAAGCAGUUCAGACAGUCUGAAAAAACUCUUUCUUGCAGAUCAUCUAGUCAUGGUUUCUCAAAUUGUUUUGGUUGAAUUUGUACUUUAUGGCUGUGUUUGCUUGUUUCAGCUCUCCCCUGCUCCUAUCACUACCUCCUUCUCUCUGUAAUUUAUAACCAACUGUGAUAAUACUGAAGGAAGACCAUGUCUGGUGUCUUGAACGUAUCUGCCACCAUCUGUUGCCUGUGAGCUUAUUUCAGGUUCCAACAUUUCCCUGCUUAAGCUCUAGGGACUACUAAGAGCAGUCAAGAUAUAGUGAGGUCUAGCUGGAGGAAAUGCUACGCUAAACUAUGUGGUAGUAUUCUGCUGUACUAAAUGUCAGGGUUUAGUUAGCAGCAUCCAUCUUGUGGUCACGCCAUCUUGGCUUCUUGUGUUGGACAAAGGUAAAAAAAAGUGGAUUACAUCAGCGUUUGCAUCUUCACAAGCCUUUUCCUUUCUUGACCGUUGUGUUUAAGGUUUUUCUUUAAGGUAAUAUGAGUUAUUAAUGGAGAUUUUACCACUUUAAAGAAAAAUUAGUAUCAAUGUUUCCUCCAAGAUGCGGCCCUCUGUUCCACUUAUAUAGCUGGCGUUGUUGCUCAAGGUAGGAGGUUCCCAAAUGAAGGUGUCUGGAGCAUCUUGUAUACACUUGCAUACACUUGUUACAUGUUACACUUGCAUAUGCUUGCUACUCUUGUAUACACUUGUUACACAGUCGUGCAUAAUCAAGUGGUUUGUGCAUGCAGUCAUGUGUAAUAGGGUUGUGUGGAUAAUAUCCACUGUAAAUAGUAGAUGAGGGGGGGGGAGUUGGGGCAACUUUUCCAGAGGAACUUUCCAUAGAUAAUGUCGCCUGCAUAGUUUGGUUUAAAUGAGGAAUUUAGGAAAUACCCCAAGUCCCUGAUCGUAGUAAUAGGUGGUGAAUUCAGGACUGAGGUUGCGUGAAAAUAAUACUUUUCAGUUACCUAGUGAUUGCUUUACAGUUGCCCCAAAAAGAGCUUUCAUCUUUGGGGACAAGAGCUUUGAGAAGGGGCAUUGCUGAAAGACAAAGUCAUUCAUUUCAGCCGCAGACUUGAGAUUAGGGAUGGUGAGUCGGGCUGUGAUGUUCUUGUUCAUAGUGGUUGAUGUGCUUAUUUUGACGACCUUUUGCUUUAUAACUGGGAUGUAGUCCGCUUGUCUUUCCAUAGCAUUGAUAUUUCUUUGUUCAUUGCUCUGGGGAGGUUUUGUUGUUAUUAUUAUUUAUUUAAAAGAAGGUUGUGAGACUGGUGUGCGUGAGAUUACCUUGGCACAAGUAGCAGGAACAGCUUGGUUCUUGGACUUAACGUCCACAUCCAGUGCCAAACGGCAUUAACUAGGUUUAUCGUCUUGUCUUCUCCUUUUUUUUUUUUUUGAAGAAAAAUUGCAGAACACCGCUUAACAGAAAAUUUUCUAAAGGAUAUAUAUAUAUACUAUUUUCUUGUCACAAUCUUCUCUUUUAUUCCUUUUGUUUUUGUUUUGUUUGUUGUUGUUUUUUGUUGCUGUUUUUUUUUUUUUUUUUUUUUUUGGGGGGGGGAGGCUAUAUGUGUAUUGCACGCGCAAGCACAGACCUUUGCGGCGAGACAGGAAUGUUUGGGUGGUCGGUGUAAGCAUCCUAAUCCUGACGGCGACGCCGGUGACCUGUCAUCAAAUGUCAUUAGUGAUGAUAUGUCGUUGGUCAAAAACACGUUCUUGGCGGUCUGCUGUCGCGUGCAGAUGGAAGGAGCGGCACGUGCAAUCCUAGACAAGGACGUCACAGUAGUAGGGAUGGAUCCAAGCAUGUUGUCAGUGACUUUUAUUGGCCUCCCAGUGAUGCUAGCUUCCCUCUCUCCUCUCUAUCAUUUAGCCUCGCCCCUGUCCCCAGUAUUAUUAUCAGUGUGCUAUCUCCGCCAAUAUAUUCUUGCGCAUUCACUGCACAAACACGGGGAGCGUUCGUAGUGCAUUACAGAUGCUGGGGGGCUUCUCUGAUGAAGGUGAUAGCCUCAUCAGACGAUAAAAGGGCGGGUCAUUUCAGUCGGCGAUAUUGGUCUCUUUGCAUUAUGUCAGUUGGUCUGUUUUUAUUUUAAUUAUUUUAUAUUUGUUCUUAUGUUCGGUGUCAGCGUGUAUUUUGACCGUGAGUGCCAGUUUAUCUGUUGUUUACAUUGGGUGUUAUGAGGAGGUGUUUGUACUGUCAGUGUCUGUAAUGUUCUCAUGUUUGUCCUUUGUACCCGGACUGUCCGUGUCUCUGUCCGUGUCUCUGUAUUUCACGACUGCUGUCAGUGUCAGUGUCAGUGCCAGAGAAGCUGUUUGCAUUGUGCCAUGAUGUCGGUGGUUGUUGCAGCCUUGUGUCUGGCCUCACAGAGGACAACGCUCAGCAGUUGCUCUUAUUCAUUACAAUCAUCCGGGUCUUUUUCUCACUUUUUUGGCUAACUUGAGAAUUAUAUAAUGAGGAAUAAACGACAAAAACAGGCCAA